AUGACUGGCAUCCUCGAUCGAUCAGCUCCCAGGCCCGAUGAGCUUGAUGGCAUGGGAAGUCUUUUAAAACAACCCCAGACCAUCAUCUGGCUCAAGACCGCAACGCAGUCCUUCGCCAUCCACAAGUCCCUCCUCGUCGAGUCCUCAAAGUACUUCCAGCGCUGCCUCGACGGGCCCUUCGCCGAGUCCGUCUCCAACACCGUCGACCUCGACGACGUGCAGCCCCUCACCCUCGGCACCUACGUCAAGCUGUGCUACUUCACGCGCCUGACGGCCGCGCGCGUCAAGCGCCGCGCCGCCGACGCCGAGGGCACCGUCUACGAGGUGUCCCCCUUCAGCAUCAAGCCGUGCGACAUGCACACGCCGCACGACCUGCCCGAGCUCGUCGACAUGUGGGCGCUGACGGACCGGCUGUUCGACGACCUGCUGCGCGGCAAGGUCGAGACGGCCAUCCGCGAGACGCUCGACGUCGCGGCUGCGAAGCUUGCGGACCCGCGCUGCGCGGAAUGGUGGGUGGUAAACCUCGCCAACGGGUACGUCGCGCUCGAGGCGCUGCCGCGGCGGGGUGGCGGCGGUGGGGGCGAGGAUGAUGCGGUCGAGGGGCUGGUGGUGCGGAUGAGGGAUUUGUUCGUGGCCAACUGCGCGCCGGCGACGUGGAAGAGGCUCGCGGCGCAGUUGCCUGGGGAGUUUGUGGUGAUGAUGUCGAUUGCGUUCCAGGCGCGGCUGGCGGCGCUGGUUGCGAACGAGGCGGCGAUUGUGAGGGUUAACCAGGCGAGUUUGUGUUAUGAGUGUAAGACGAGGGUGCAGAUGGCCUUGAAGCGGUAG